CUGCCACCGAUGCGAAGGUACAGACGAAGAGAGAAAGGGAGAGAGGGAGGGAGAGGGAGAGAGAGGAGAGAGAGAGAGAGACCGGGAAGCAAAUCUGACAGUUUAAUAUUGAGAACAAGCGGCAACAAGAAAUAGCUGAACUGCUAGGCUGCCGCUGCGCCCUGCAAGGGAGCGUUGCGCACGGAGAAGGAUGCGAGCAUUCGAAGGUGAUAAAGAGGAUGCCAAAUGCCAGGCUGCAUUCAUGCUCUCUGUCACAUACCAUUUCCAACUUAGCGCCCAUAAUUGAUUAUGCGUGCUCAGUCUGCGGGGUCCGACCGGGAGCCAGAAAUUCAGCCGCAGAGAAGCCCGGCGAGGUGGAUACUGCGUGGCGUCGCGCCCCUUGAAUCUUUUAACUGAAUCUUGUGACAGUGUAUGCGAGUGGAUGAAAGUGUGUGUGUGAACGAGCGAGGGAGCGAAAGAGCGAGCGAGUGAGAGAGAGAGAGGGGGGGGAGAGAGAAAGUGUGUAAGUGUGGCAGCCCUUCCACAUGGCCUCCAUGCAGGACGGGGUAAACUUCACUGCUCCUCCCUACGGCAAGGUCCUGCUGCUGGGGGCCAUCGCAGCCGCCUCAGCCUUCGUGGUCACCAUCCUCAUCGUCGUUCUCUGCGUAGGAUGCCAGAGGAAGGGGAAGACUCACAGUGGCUCCAGCGAGGGUGGAAAGCACCGGCUAAUGGACAUGAGUAUACUGAGACAGUCGAAGCUGAGGUCCAUUAGCAAGUCAGACACAAAACUGCACGAGAUGAACAAACUGAACUGCAACGGAAAGAAGUCGUCCAAGAAGAACCGCCCGGCCAGCAUGGAUCUGCUCCUGCUCCCGAGCCGGCGCUCCAACUCGGACCGGCAGCUCCCGCAGAUCCCCCCAGGCACUGUUGGGGGCAGGGCGGGCGAAACCGACACCCCCGCCCCUCCGGCAGUCCCGGCCAACACCCCUGCGCCCCCAGACCCGGAAGGAGACGACGUGGAUGGAGGGAUGCCUGACCCGGAGAACGUGCAGCAGGUGAUGGGACCGCCGGAGGCCGCUGAGUACGCCUGCAUCCGGAAGGUGCGGAAGGUGGACAAGGCGGCCCAAAAGAGGGACAACGGGACGGAGACAGAGGAUGGUCUCGUCCAGCAGAGGCACAGCAGCGGAGACCUGCGCCAUGGGCCGCCCUCGCACCCCGCACCACCCCCACCUCACCCACACAGCCAGAAGAUGCCCCGCAAGAACAUGGAUGCCUUCACUUUGCCCACUUUCCCCAAGGAAGCAGUGUUCAUGGGUAACGGUGAGGAGUACAUAUGGAAGCCUCCAGACGAUGAAGACUUCAUGGUCCAACACAAACAGAUAGGGACACUUGCCGAGAGCAUACAGCCGUCAGCAGCUGGGAUAGCAGACAUGUACUCCAAAGUGUGCAAACCCGUCAAGAAGAAGAGAGCCAUGCCUGGGUCCCCACCAGGCAACACCGGCUACCGGACCUUGGGGCGUGGGGACCGAGAGCGCGAUGGGGGCUUCAGUGUGGUGGUGAAGCCGCAAACGUGGGCCCCUCUGGAGGCCAAAGGGGUCAGAGUGCCCCCUGGCUCCAUGGAGGACCAUUGCUACGAGGCCAUCGGCUCAGAAGAGUGUGACCCGGCCUAUGAGGCCAUUGAGGGGGGCGGCGCCGGGGCUGGGGCCAGCGCCUGGAAACGCGAGCGACCCCCUCCCCUGCCCAACGCCAGUGCCACGCUCCGGCCAAAGAAGAAGAAGCCCCAGCAGCCCUUGCAGCAGCCACCGCCGCCGCCACCUCCACCACAGCAGACUCCUAAACUGCAGCAUCUUCCCGCCAAAGCCCUGCUGCUGCCGGGGGAAAAUAUGUACGAGAGCAUCGGGGACCUGAAGCACGGCUCAGCCACCUCCAGCACCACCACCAUCUUCACCUUCAACGACGGCAUGGAGAUGUACGUCACCGGCUUGUAGGGGUGUUUGUGUCCACGCGUGUUUGAGGGCGCGUGUGAGUGUUUGAGUGUGCAGAGCCACAGUACAGUAUGGAAAACAUAUCUCCCCGUUUCAAGUCACAGAGACAUGAAUGCAUACAGUACAUACUCGCGACACAUGGCCUGCCUCUCAACGCUUCAAAAACAAAACAAAAAAAGAAACAGGAGAAUAAAAAGAAGUACGCUCCCACAGCACAUUAUUCUUCACAUAGCCUGUUUACAUCCCAGUCUUGCUGAUUCUCAAGCCACCCACCCAUAGCCUUAGGGUGCAGUAUGCGGAGUCUGAGGAGGAAAGUGGCAUUUGCAUCAGAACGAAAGUGGGCAGCGACGCCAUGCCACAACAGCGCAUCCCAUGAUAUCGAUCACUUCUGUAAGCAUGUCUGAACUGCUCCAUCUAACACUAGACUUCCUGUCUGCUGAGUUUCAGUUUGGUUACCAGUGAUGUUUCAGCACCUUGCGAGAAGAUAACCAAUUAAUGAUAGACAGAGGCUUUGGGUUUUUCAAAGUGGAAAUUCCCAGUAUUGUUUCAGUGCUUGGAGCCAAUCAAAUUAAACUAGUCUAAAAGGUCUCUAUUGGAUUUUCCCAAACAGUGAUUGAUAUGUCUGCAAUUGUAUCUGUCUUGGAGCACACAAAGCCUCUCUCUCUCACUCCUGAUAAAAAAAGAAGGGAAACACUCGCACACACACUCCAUUGCAGUUUUUCUCUUCAUGAGCCCUUCAGGUUGGAAGGUGUCAUUUUCAAGAUUUGCCGAGAGGCAUCCAAAGUCAAAGUCAAAUAAUGAGCACAACAGCGUUGGAGAGAAAGUUUACAGAGAGAUGUCGCCCCGUAUCUAAUCACAGCCUUGUUGCAGGGAGAAUAAGUAGUUAAAAUGGUGCAUUUCCACUGUAUGUGGGAGAGGAAGAUUUGUGCUGUGGAAGAAUACACCUUUAUUAGUCAGUAGAUGACUAAUCAAUGAGUGCUGUUAUUAAAUAAUCGGUACUGUCUUCUCUGAGGGCCAAAGCUUUCUAAAAACGUGUGUCCCCUAUAAGCUAUGAAUUCAACUUUAUUGGAACGUCUGACGAUGAAAACAAAACAUCCGACUAUCUUUGUACUGACAAUGGUUAUUCAAAGAAAAUAUUUUUUUUUGGGGGGGGGGAUUUAGAAAGUACAAAGAAAAUGAAAUUGCACAAGAUGAUUGGAGAAUUCUUGCACCCUUAUUCUAGUGUUAAGCACAACCCCUCCGUCCUUGUGUAAUUUUCUUGUUGGCACUUAUUGUAGUUUGUCAAAAAACAUGUGGUAUCCCACUUAAAACAUAUUAAUUAAAUUAGAGUAAAGCCAAUGCUAUAGUUAACAAAUGCUCAGGGACAGAGUAAUGCUAAACAAUGGAGAAUCUUAAUUGCACACAAAGUUUUAGCUCCUCCAAUUAAAAGAAAUAAAGUGUUAAUAGCUGUAUUAAUCAAUCAUGACCCUGGGUGGAAAAUGGGACUAUAUUUUGCUUUCAUGUGUUUUUUGUUGGUUGUUUUACACACGACAUUGAUUGACUGUUGGUGAGUGAGCCACCACUGCCAUAAAGUCCAGUUCAGUCCUGUAAGUGUUUUACUUUGUCUGUUUAUGCACUUUGCCUGACGAAAAGAGCAUGCAUUAAAAAAAGAAAAACAAACAAAAACUAACAAACCACAAAAAAAAACUAAAAAAACAAACACACAAAAAAAGCACUGUUCUUAUGGUACCUGAGAAUGGGUUAUUUAUUGCUGUUGUUGGAUGUUUAUUUUUAUUAAAAUGUCUUUUUUUAUUUUGUUGAAGACAGCACAAUGUCGUUGUGGACCCAGGACUAAUAUUAAGUGGCAUACUUGAGACAGGUUUGACUCUUGUCUUCUUGUUUGUAAGGCAUGGUUGGUCUUUGUCCAUUGGCAGUGUUGGUCUUCGCUGUGGUCCAGAGCAAGACUGCUUCCUUGAUAUUGGAUGACACUUGUGCCAAUCAUAUCUGGAAAAAAAAACUCAUUACACUGACCAGGAAAUGCAGUAGCAGUUGUUUGGUUUAUGAUUGAAGACAGAAGCAUCAUGACUUCCUGUUUCAAUGACUCGGUACCUCAAAACUUGUGAAGUACCCUUGUAUAAAAUUCUAAAAACCUCGAAGUGACAGUUUAUAUUUCCUGGAGGUCAUGAACCUUCAUCUUCCAAUCUGUAUGCAAAGGUGGAAAGGGUGUCAUGGACAGUGUUACAGUCCUUGUGCUAUUCAAAUAACACUAACUAUUGAUGUGUGUCCUGGGGAAAAAAAUCAUUGAGUAAAUAUAUAUAUGGCAUAGCAACUGGACAAACCUACCUGGACUUAAAAGUACAACGAUGAACUUGACUAGACCAAAUAUACACAAAACUGCAUAUUUGAGCCCAGUACACAACAGUUAUCAUAUAUGUUAAUGCAAUGUUGUAUAUAUGUUAUAAAAGAGAAAGAAGAAACUACUAUCCUAGGUGUUUUUGAGAGUAUACAUUUAUUUUUGUUUGUGUUCUUCGGAAUGACUUCUGGUGACAUAAUUGCUCUCUCUGUGAGUUGUAUUCGGUUUAUUUUAUUUAUUUUAUUUAUUGAUUUGAUCUUCCCUCUAUCGAUUCCCGCUAUAAUGUGUACUUUGAAGGCAAAUUGAGUCAAGUGUGGCAGCUACUGUCGUGUGUUUGCUAUUCAAACAACAGGGUCGUGUGUACUCAAACCGUGUAAUUAAGUGCUAACGUGCAAAAGAUUGUAAUGUUUUUAUAUCAAAAUUACUAUUCAUAAAAAUGUCGGGUCAAGUUUAUACUUUUGUAAUAAAGUAGCACUCAAAAAGCA